GCAUGCGCAGAGGGAGGUGGGGUCUGCCGGCGGGGCGGUGCUGUUCUACGGCAAAGUAAAGACCAAAUUCAUGUUAUGUGCCAAUAUUGUACAUCUCUCUUGGGGAGCCGACAUUAGAGUACAACUAUACGUUCAUAUUUACCUCAGAGUCGUGAGGUGUUUUCACCUUUUUACGGUAACUCUUGUGGCGGUAAACCAGACGGAGGAGUUACCUGAAGGAGGCUCGUGAGGCUGAAGCAGCGACGAAUUUCAGGUGCGGUUUCAACCAGACACACAUGGAUGUCAGGAGGAAGAGGCCCAAUGAUGAUGCCCACUUCAAUCCACUCAGCUACAGCACCAAAUAGUCACGUCAGCCAGCUGAGCCGGUACCUCAACAGUCAACACAACACGCCUGAAGAGGACGAUGAGACCAUGAGCACGGAGGAGCGAGAAGCCCGCGUUGUCCACCAGCUAGACUCCACCCCUAACCCCGAUGGCCACCGCCCCUUUCCAGAGCACGCCACCUUCACCAAUGACUCCCUGUUUGGCAGGCAGGGGCUGGACAAGGAGCCGGAGCACAAACACAGCCACACUCAACCUCAACCUGGCCCGAGUUACUUCUCGUACCAUCCGACCCGCAGCUUGCCUGCCGGGUAUGGCCAACCCACUCCGUUCCCAAGCCAGGCCAACGGCACCUGGCUCCACCCGAGCUUUGCCAGCAGCUGGUCGGGGUACCCCAACAGCCUGCCGUCCUCUCUGAGCCAGAAAGAUUACUCCAGCUGUACUGAAGACAGCUGCCUCUCGGGGUGCAAGUCUAUGUCCCUCCCUGGCAGGCACAGCACCUGUAUGAGUAGCUUAGAGCAGCCGUUCUCUCUGUGCUCCAACCCGCCUUCAGCCAACUUGUAUCACCAUACGUUGCCUCCGUACUCGUGCUCGCCCCAGGGAGCUGCCUGUUGCGCGCAGUGCCCUGCAGACGCCUUUAACAGGGGGCCUGUGGCCAACAAACCCCUCUGGCCUCAGUAUCACCCAGCUUACGGCCCGUACUAUCCCGGUGACUGCAGACUUCCUGGAGCUGGAUACACACGAAUUGGCCACAACGCUCCAGCUAAAGAGAAGAACCCUUCUCACAGCACACCGCUCUCUCUGGAGCAGAGGAGGGUCUUUGUCACUUAUGAAGCAGACAACGACAAGCACGUCAAUGAGAUAAUCAACUUUGUUGCUCUGCUGCGACACAACGGCUUUGAUACGCACAUUGAUAUUUUCGAACAGCAGUUCAGGAGUAUAAGCAAGAUAGACUUCAUGGAGCGGUACCUCAGUGAGAAAGAGUAUUUGAUCAUCAUCAUCAUCAGUCCCAAGUACUAUGAGACGGUGACAGCCUCCCCUGUUGGCCUGGAGAACGACGAGAGGACCUUCAACACCGUCUACAUACAUAAACAGCUCCAGAAUGAGUUCAUCCAGAAUGGAAGCAAGAAUUUCAGGUUCAUUCCUAUCAUGUUUCCUGGGGCUAAAAAGUGUCACGUCCCCAACUGGCUUCAAAACACGCACGUUUACGGUUGGCCACGCGAUCGGGAUGACAUCCUGCGGCGGCUGAUGAGGGUCGAGAAGUACAAUCCACCUCCUAUUGGGCCUCUACCGACCAUUGUGUCCAUCCCCUUAUAGUGACCUCUGACCUGAACACACAGAUUGGACUGAAAUCUUUGAAGCAACUUGCUUUGUGGAACUACUGAUCAUUGUUGAGGUUAACAGGCAUACGUGUGCAGAAUGUUUGUCUUUUUUACCUCAAUUUGCAUUUUAAGUUAUGUGAUGUUGAGGGUGCUAUCCCCCUGGGAUAUAUUGCAUAAAAUAUCGCACAGAAGAAGUGCCAGUACUGAUGUGAACAGCUGUUUGGUCUCUGCAGCUUGUGAAUGUGCAUCACACUGCAUGCUUUAAUGUUCCACCUGCUGCAACACAAUGAGUAAUGUUUACUGGUGCUACUCCGAGUUAAUUACUUUUACAGCUUAACAAGUACAAUGUUUAGUUUUAAACACAAUUUAAAAUCCAUGGUUCUUAGAAUUUUUACACCUUCCCUCGUAAAUGAAAGAUGCGUCAUAUUUUAUUGGGACUCGCGUGUGCACGUCUUGUAUAAUUAAAUAUAUGACAGAUAGUAUAAAUAGUCUGAUGACUGUAUAUUUGCAGAAUAGAUCAGUAGAAAUUUAAUUUAUGAGGAGUAAACAGUGACACAUAUGCCCCCGGUACACACUGCAUCAGCCAUAUUGUCUUUUUUAUUGCAGUGUUUAUCUAAUGCAAACAGCUGGCCAGCUGGAUGGAGUUACUGUUGUAUUUUGAUUUUUACGGCACUGGGUAAAUAUUGUUCAAAGAGGAGGUAGAUUUCUUUCAGCAUUAUUUGAAAUGUCUUUUUCUCAUAAAAAAAUGUUUUUUACUGGUAAACAAGGCACUGACUUUCUGAAUGCUUACAGCACCACGUUGUUUUUGCACAUUUUUGUCCUUUUACUACAUGUCACAGCACACUGGUUUACCACAAGAGCAGCUGUGGUGUUCACUGACAGAUUACCUAAUUUAAGUCUAUGGUCUCUGCAAGUUGAUCAUCAUAGCUUACUAAAACCUUACUUACUCAGUCUUACUCAAUCACCAACCUAGAACAACAUGUAGUUACAGGAAUCAUACAUCAUUUGUUUAUAUAAAAAACAAGCAAAAACCAGGUUACAUGGUUGCAUGAUAAAAUGGUCAGAAGUGGUUUGUUACAUUUUUAAAUUGGUGUCUCUGCACUGUAAUCAUUCUUGGUGGAUUCAUUAUGAAACUGAAAAUGCAAAAAAAUGUCCAAUAAUUAAAACUGUUGAACUGCA